AUGUCGAGCGAGGAAUUGCAUUUCGGUGCGAAGACGGCGUGGCGUAACGCAUCAAGGUGCAUCGGACGCAUUCAAUGGAACAAGCUGGAAAUACAGGAUGCCAGACAUGUCCGCACCACUCAUGACAUGUUCACUGCUCUUUGCAAACAUAUCUCUUUGGCUACAAAUGAAGGCAAUCUUAGAUCAUUCAUUACGGUAUUUCCGCAAAAGAUUUUGGGUAGAGAUGACUAUAGAGUAUGGAAUACACAACUCAUUGGUUAUGCCGGUUAUCUUCAAUCGGACGGUAGUGUAAUCGGCGAUGCGGGCAGAGUUGAGUUCACUCGGAUUUGUCAAAGACUUGGAUGGAAAGGCAAGAACGGAAUGUUUGAUGUGUUGCCGAUUGUUGUGUCGGCGCCGGAAGAAGGGGCCAAAUAUUACGAGAUUCCCGAAGAGAUUAUACUUCGAGUUAAGAUACAACACCCGCACUAUCAAUGGUUUGAUGGGUUGGGUCUCGAGUGGUNACUUCGAGUUAAGAUACAACACCCGCACUAUCAAUGGUUUGAUGGGUUGGGUCUCGAGUGGUACGCUUUACCCGCAGUUUCCGAAAUGAUGUUGGAUUGCGGAGGCCUUCAGUUCACUGGCUGUCCAUUCAAUGGCUGGUAUAUGGGCACAGAGAUCGGCGCCCGAGACUUCUGCGAUCCUCAACGUUAUAAUAUAACGGAGAAAAUGGCAAAACUCAUGGAUUUGGACGUCUCUAAUGCCUCCACUUUAUGGAAGGAUAAAGCGAUGCUUGAGAUGAAUAUUGCCGUCCUUUACAGCUAUCAAAAGGCUGGCGUCACUAUUGUUGACCACCACUCGGCCUCAGAAUCCUUUAUUAAACACAUGCAAACAGAGUAUAAGCAAAGGGGCGGAUGUCCUGCGGAUUGGGUUUGGAUUGUGCCGCCGAUCAGUGGCAGUCUUACGCCUGUCUUUCAUCAAGAAAUGCUUAAUUAUAAUCUGAGACCAAGUUUUGAAUAUCAAGAGAAGGCGUGGAGAACUCAUAAGUGGAUGUCGUCUUCAGUAAAACUAAAAUAUAGUUUUACUUCAGUCGCGAAGGCAGCCCUUUGGACGGUUAGGCUAAUGAGCGGAGUUCUGUCCAAACGGAUCAGAGCCACAAUACUUUAUGCCACAGAAACGGGAAAAUCUGAAAGUUUUGCUCAAAAAUUAGGAAAAUUGAUGAAAAUGUCAUUUUCUGUGCAAAUCGUUUGUAUGGAAAACUACAACUUUGAGGAAUUAUUCAACGAAUCUUUGGUGUUGUUUGUGGUCAGCACUUUCGGUAAUGGAGAGGCGCCCGAUAAUGGAAAGCAAUUCUGGAAAAGCCUUUCGAAAUCAAAUCCAAGCCAACAAAUGAAUGCAUUAAAAGAUGUGAAAUAUGGUGUAUUUGCGUUGGGAUCGACACAAUACCCGCAUUUCUGCGCUUUUGGCAAAAAGAUUGAUCAUUUACUUCAGAGUUGUGGCGCAACGCAAGCGCUUCCCAUUGGUCUGGGAGACGACCUGAGAGGUCAGGAACAGGCGUUCAACACUUGGGGACACCAAUGCUACACCUCUUCGUGUGAAAAGUUUGACAUAAAUGUAGACAAAGACAUAUCGAUAACCAGUUUCGAUGAGAAGACAUAUGACCACCAAAUGGUGAGAAUGACUGAAGUGUUUGCCGAGUAUAACGAACACCAAAUACACAACGAAUUGGCGAGAAUUCAUCGCAAGAAAAUCAUAUCGUGUAAAAUUGUGGCCAAAGUUAGACUUGAGGGCAAACAAUCGGAACGGCACACAAAUCUUGUACGACUGACGCCAACCAAUCUUGUGGCCAAAAAUCAGUUCAAUUACGAACCCGGAGACCAUUUGGCUAUAUUUCCAUCCAAUCCCAAAGAGAUUGUGAACACACUGUUAGGACAUCUGAACCGAGGCGGCUAUACUGACGCCGACUCUCCCAUACAAUUGCAACGUCUGGUCGACGGGAAAUGGGAGCCCGACUCCCGACUGCCCUCGUGUUCAUUGAGAGUUGCGUUCACACGAUAUCUUGACAUCAGUUCCCCUCCGACUCAACGAUUCUUGAAAUACUUGGCAGAUAUGGCUAACGAUAAUUGGGACACUUUUAGACUCAAAAAGUUGGCGGAUGAUAUCGACGACUACGAGAAGUGGAUACUGUAUAACAGCCCUAAUAUGGCUGAUGUACUCAAUGAGUUUCAUUCAGUACACGUCGACCCGGAGUUCCUG